AUGAGUCCUACUGCAAUAGCAAAAGACACAAAACGUCAACAAACUAGGCCCUUGCGACCACGGAGAGGGCUGUCUUUGGACCGUCUAAUGCCAAGCACCCAGCGCCCUCAACUACCUCACGCUGUCACUGUCGAAACUCCUCGACGAAGACGUGAUCGCCCCCCACUUCGUCGAUCAAUUCGUCUGGAAGACGACGAAACUGCUGCUGAACGUCGACGAAUCUUUGGGCAUGGACCACGUGUCCUUUCUUUCGACGAAGAUAGUGACCAUGAGGAGUGUGAAUGUCAUCGCUCUUUAGAACGCUCCGGAACAGCUGAGACGCCUGACGAAGAAAAGGAACCAGAGUUCGCCACCACACCUGAUCCGAUACCGGAAAUUUCACAUGUACGCGGAGCUUCUGCUGAUCGCGUGCUCGAACGUCGCGAUGGCACACUUCGUGUACCUGCUCGAGCACACUCUCAAGGCGUUUUUGAACGUCGUCUUCCUAGAAUUUAUAAAUUAGGUUUAAUAGAUAAAUCAAAACGAGCUAGUUCGAGCGCACUAUAUGAAAGAGCUGACCGUUCUCCGACUGAAGCAUUUUAUAACGCAACAGGGUCGACACGGCUCAGUUCUCAAGAACUAUUUGAAAAGUUUUGUUCUGAAGAUUUUACGUCCUUGUAUGGUAGAGAAGAUGAUAGACGGAGACGACCGCCACAUUCAAAGUCUACUGGAAGCAGUGGGUCUGAUGUAAGACAUGAAAAGAAUUGUUGUAAACGAACUCCUUGUGGAUCUCAACCAGCUUUAACUCGCCGCCAUAUAUGUCACGCGCCACGAUCAGAUCGCUCUACAGACUCGGAGGAAACAUCUCCCCGACGAAGUAAUUUACGCCCUUUACCUCUUGAACCUGAAUCAGAGGGCGCAGAAGAUUGCUCUCGCUCCGCCCCUCUGCUUAGCCCUGAUCGGUUUGAAGCCCGAUUUACAUUCGAUAUAUCUGAACGUAGUGAAGUAACAUCAAUUCGAGAUGAAACUCCAUCUGAUGCAACGGAAACGCGAAAUUUAACUUUGUAUGAAGAACCACACUCAGAUCGUACUAGUAUUUGUGAACUAUAUGAUGCAGCAUUUACAUCGCAUAGACCUUCAUUUCGAAGAGAUAGUUCUCGAAAACGUGGACCUUUUGACUUAAGUACACUAGAUUUUAGGGCUAUUGAUGAUGAAAGUCCUCGUACUAGUCGACGAACAUCUCAACGGAGUGUGAAUGAUACACUUCGUCAAAAUUCAGAAUCACGUAGCUGGGCGUCAGAUUCUGUGUUUACAACACCGGUGCGACAUCACGAUACUUCACCAUCUUCGACUGACACUCGUCAAUAUUUAACGGCUCAAGGGGAUUCAUUGCGAGUUGAUUCAGCAGCAGCAGACUCAACAUUUGAUUCAACUGCCGAUGAGCCACCGAGUGUUAUAGAAAGAUCCGAAUAUACAUUAGCGUUAAAGUUAGGACGUAUAGAAUUAGAUGAAACUAUAGAACGUCCGGCGUCAACACCGGCUGCCGAAGGAGCAAGACUCUCGAGUCGCGCGUCUAUGCAUAAAUUAGAACCAAUUGAACCAAAGCGUUUGUGUAGUGAUAGCGGUGGAAGUGCAGUGCGAAGAAAUGCGAAUUCAAGUACGUUAGAUGUAAGUCGCAGGCGGGGUGUGAGUGAGCCGCGUCGGUCGUCGCGAUGUUUUCCGCUC